AUCUUACUCAGAGGUUGAAAUUAACUGAAAAUCUGUACUUUUAGUUCUAAAUUAGGAGGAACUCAGGACACGUCCACAUUUUCUAGUUUUAUAGAAGGCUUUUAUCAACAAGAAUCAAGAUCUUCCUCCUCUGAUCAGGAAUCCUUUGUGAAUUGAAGACUUUAGAUUCAUCUCUUUGGUGGAUGUGUACUCACAAUUAUAUAAUUGAUUCGUGGUCAGAGGGUUCAUCACAGUUUGGAGAUGAAUAAAGUCCAUAAUUAUAACCUGAAACUGGCAAAGCAUAAUACUUCUACACAAUGGCAAAAGCAAAGAUAUCCACUAAUCACAAGCAAAUGUACAGAAAACUCAACUCCAUAUUUUCUCUGCCGUUCCAUUGCUAUAGCUCUGGGAAUCCAUUUCAUUAUUAUGGUAACAAUAUUGAGUGCCAUAUUCAUAAAUUCAUUAGUCAACCAAGAAGUUCCAAUAUCCUUGAAAGAAAGUUACUGUGGCCCAUGUCCUAAAGACUGGAUAUGUUAUAGAAAUAACUGCUACCAAUUUUUUAAUGAGAGCAAAAACUGGUAUGAGAGCCAAGCUUCUUGCAUAUCUCAAAAUUCCAGCCUUCUGAAGAUAUACAGCAGAGUGGACCAGUAUUUCCUUAAAUUGGUGAAGUCAUAUCAUUGGAUGGGACUAGUACAAAUGUCAACAAAUGGAUCCUGGCAGUGGGAAGAUGGUGCCAUUCUCUCACCUAACCAACUAACAGUGAUUGAAAUGCAGAAAGGAACCUGUGUGGUCUAUGGCUCAAGUUUCAAAGGCUAUACAGAAAACUGUUCCACUCCAUACAUGUACAUUUGUAUGCGGAGGAUUGCAUAAGGACUUAGUCAACCAUCUCAACAAAAGCCAGAAAAAUAAAAAGAACUAUACCAGCAGAAGCACUGCUGCCUGGAACUAAAGAAAGUAGAAAAAACAAGACAACAUGAAAAAAGACUAUCAGAUUUCUUAGAACCUACAAGACCAAACCAUAGAGCAAUUCAGCUGUGAACAUUCUCCAAAACAAGGAAGAAGGACCCUGAAGGCAAUUUAGAGAUGUCAAGGCUGCCACUCUUACCACUGGCCCAGAGUGCAUGGGCUGGGGGAGGGGGCUAGUCUUGAUUCAAAGGGUGAGACCAACACCCUUGGGAACAGCGAGGGAGAGAUGGCUCA